AUGGUUGUUGGAUCAGCGACGUACCCAGGGAGGCAAGUGCUCCACAAGAUGCAACCAAUGGGCAUGACUCCCCGUGAGCUGUCAGAGUACGAUGACUUAGCUACAGCUCUUAUAGUGGAUCCAUAUCUUGGCAUCACCACACAUAAAAUGAAUAUUCGUUAUAGACCAUUAAAAACAAAUAAAGAAGAGCUGAAGAGUAUUAUUAAGGAAUUUAUCCAAACACAAGAUUAUAAUAAGGCAUACUCUAGAUUAGCUAAUGGUGAAUGGAUGCCAAGACAUUUUAGCAAAAAUAAACACCAACAGAGCAAGCUAAGAGAACAUAUUUAUCGUUAUUUGCGAGUAUUUGAUAAAAAAGCAGGCUUUGUUAUAGAGCCCUGUUAUAGGUACUCUUUGGAAGGUCGAGUGGGUGCAAAAAUUUCUACAACCAAAAAAUUCUUCAAGCAUGAAAGAAUUGAUUUUCUUGUUGGCUGUAUUGCUGAGAUGACAGAAGAAGAAGAAAAACAAUUACUUCAUCCCGGAAAAAAUGACUUUUCUGUAAUGUAUAGUUGUAGAAAAAAUUGUGCACAGCUGUGGCUUGGCCCUGCAGCAUACAUUAAUCAUGACUGUAGACCUACUUGUACUUUUGAGGCUACUGAUCGUGGGAAGGCAUUUGUUCGUGUGUUGAGAGAUAUUGAGGUUGGUGAAGAAAUAACUUGUUUUUAUGGAGAGGACUUUUUUGGAAAUGGCAAUUGUUACUGUGAAUGUGAGACUUGUGAAAGACGGGGUAAAGGUGCAUUCUCUGUACAAAAUGCACACAAUGAUGAGCAAGCCACCAGAUAUAGAUUUAGAGAAACUGAUAAUAGAAUAAACAGAACAAAAGCAAAACAGUCACAAAAAAAUGUUAACGGCAAAAACCCAGAAAAAUCUCGAAUAUCUAGCAGGCAAAAUUCUGAUAUAGUUUCUCCACUUAGUAUGAAGGAAAUGAAGCAAAAAGGUUUAACAAAGUAUGAUGCUGAACUUUUAAUAGCUCAAGGUUGUAUUGCUGAUGUUAUAGAAGGCAAUGUUAGCAAAGAGGCACAGGGCAGUAGAGAAUCUUCAGCUUCAAGUCGAGGUGAAAGAUUACGGCGACGCACUGAUAGCAACCGAGCCACCAAUGGCAUGACUGUGGUGUCUACCACUAGUGUCAAACGAAGGGCUCCUCCAUCUCGCUGCUGUAGCACUACUAGUUCACGCAGUAGUCGCGAUUCACAUUCUGGCAUAGUUUUACGAAGUCACAAACGCUUACUUGACACUUGUUCACAAUCUACUUGUCCUAAACCUAAAAACACAUCAAAACAAAGCUCUGAAGGUAAAUCUGAUAGGAAUCUUACUACACCAAAAGAUGAAACAGAGAUGAAUGGUUUAGAAACAAACAAACUUAAUAUCAAAACAGAACCAUCAAAUGAUAGUCAAAAAGAAAAUAUCGAUUCUGUUGAUAUUACAGACCCACAUAUAGAAAAAAUAGAGAAUGAUUGUGAUAAAAACGAAUCUCUUUUGCACAGAACAGAUUUGGGUAUUACCAGUGAAGGAAAUGUUGGUCAUUCUGUAAGCGAUUCCAAUGUUCAAGAACAAAUACAUGCUAAUAAAUGUGUAAGUGACAAUGCUUGUGUGAAAAGUGAAAUAUAUGAUUUUAGAGAAAAUGUGAAUCCAAGUGAAUCUAAAGAGAGCAAGCAGAACAAGAAUCCAAAAAUAGAAGUUACAAGUAGGACUGAAGAAGUUAAAAAAGAAACAGACUCUGGACCACCAUGGCUGGUAGAUAAUUCAAAUAAAAGUAGUGAAUGUCCAUGUACUCCUCCACGGCGAGGUCUUAAACUCACGUUGCGGGUGAAAAGAAGCCCUGUUGUAGAAGAGGUAAUGGAUUGUGGUAAUCCUACGGAGGCAACUGAGUAUGAAGUAUUACGGCUAGAGGGCGUUGACCCCGAGACGGCAAGACGCCUAAAGAAGCGACGUCGGUCGAAGGAGCGUCAUCGCAAGCAUAGCCCCAUCCGUCCUCUGCCUCCAAUGAAACGCUUAAGAUUAAUAUUUGGCAAUGAGAGUCGUACCAUCGACUUGCCAACUGCUAUUUCAGCAGACUGA